CUUCCGGUCGACUGUCAACACGAGUCAGCUGACAUUGUUGGCUUACAAGUGUAGAAUGGGGAACAGUCAUUCACAUCAUCCAAAUGAAAGUGUGGAAAAGCCAGAUUUUUCCGUUCGACGAAGGUCCAGUGCAAAACAAAUCACAUCAGCCCAUGUUCCAGCGCUAGAAAGACUGUUUCAGAAGCUUGAACUGACUGCAGAAGACGACAAUGGUCAUCCUGGGGAGAUCACAAGGGCAACGUUUGAGAAUGUGUUCCAUGGGCCCCUGCAACUAUUUGGUAAGCUGCUGUAUGAGCAGAUGGUCACAAAUGGCCACCAUCACCAUGGGGACAAAGUGCGCGGCAGAAUCACCUGUGAACAGUUUGUCAAGGCAGGAAAGGAAGUGCUCAAGCUUUUUAAUGAGACAGAUCAACACAAAUACUACUUCAAACUCUUCUCGCAGGGAAAGGAACAGCUGGACAAGGAAGGUGCCUUGCGCAUGAUACACAUAGCCUAUGCAUUGACAUUGUCUUCAUCAAUGGUUCCAUAUGCAAAGAAUGAAAAGGAUGAACAGGUGUUCAAUGCCGUUCUUGAGAGCAUGUUUGGGAUGAAGUCAGAGAUCAAGUUUUCAGAGAUGGAGCGGUGGAUGGAAUCCAACUGCCCUCAUAUGGUUGCUGGCGUCCACAACUGGGUAUACACUAUCCUAACUGGAUCAAAGAUGCCUGAAGAACUGGAGGUCUCGCGAGUGCCAAUGUUGGAACGGUUUACAGAGGGUCAACACUGUAUGACGAUGGGUAUGGUAUGGAUGUUGACUGGCUCUCUGCCCCACAUGUUCACACACACAGAGGAGAAGGACACGGACCCGGCUGCUCAGGCUGGCACCAAGAACCCACUACUCACAUCUUUUCAAUUUCUAAUGAAACUGGCUCGACUUAGUCGUUGUCAGAGCUGGGUGAAUCUUUAUGACAGUGAUGAACAUGGGCUUUCAAUGAACAGAUUUAGUCAUCAUGUGACCUCGUACAAUGAUCCCACAAUAACCCUGGUAUCGUUUGAGGGGAGAAAUAUAUACUGUAUAGCAGAGGAUGUUCCCUGGAGGGAGGGAACAUCUAAGUUUGGAAGAGAAGACACUCGCCUUAUUCAAAUAACUCCAGUAUAUAGAGUAGUGCAAUCUGGAGGACCAUUAGUUCAAUGGAGCAUAACUGAUCGUAAUAUUCCAAAGGGGAUUCAUUUUGGACAAUCAGGGAGAUUGGAAGUCUUGUCAAUACCACUGGACUUUGAUAUGGCAAAACAUUAUGGAGUUCAAUGUCAGCUCCAUCAUGUGGAAAUGUGGGGCUGUGGUCGUGUGGAGAGCCUACAACUGCAACAGAAACAGAAGCAGUGGGAACGCAAGGAGGUGGAGAAACAACGCUCACGCAAGCUGCACAGGGAUGUUAACUGGGAGGAGAAUCCGGACAAACAACUACUGUCCUGGGGCGGAGUAGAAGUCAACCAUCAGUAUAGCAGGAGCGGGGCCAUGUGACUUCUUGUCAUGUAGAAACAAUGCCAUAAUACAAGCUUAUUUGGUGAAAACGUUGCCAUCUCACGAAACUGACAAGUGCAGGGCCAUGUGACACGUCUUUCAUACGACAUCUGUCUUUCCUGAUGUGUAACAUUAGUGCCAUGAUAUGUGCAUGUCAUGUUUUCAGGGUUCGAAUUUAACUUUUUUUGAUACUCGCAAAUUUUUGCGAGUGCUUAUAUUUUCAACUCGCAAAACCAGACACUCGCUUGCAUUUUUUUAAAGCAAACCUUUGUGCUAGGAAAAAUAUAUUGUUUGGUAUAGUGUAUUUUUUUUAAUGAAUUAUCAUGUUAUUGUACAUUAAACGAUAUCAUCAUAUAUGUAACGCUGACUGUACGUACUGAGGAAGUCUGAUCAGGCCAGUUUUGGUCUGUGCAAAAUAUUUUGAAAACGUUCCUUUCGUCAUCUGUGUUGAGGGUCAAUUUGAUGUUCAACGCUCUCUUCCACAUCGAAACAGUUUUAACGGUCGGAUUAUUUCUUUUUGAUUUCUUUUUUUUUUUAACUGAUUGAUUAUUGCCAUCUGCCGUCGGCGAUUUUAAAAUCAACACGCUUAAAAAGCUUAUCUUUUUGCUUGUCACCAUUAUACAGACUGUGUCUCGAUACGAUAAUCACUAAAUACUGCCGUUAAAAAAUGGAAACGAGAGACCAGUCUACAAAAAUACAUAGUAACGAGUACCUGCCACAUAGUAACAAGUACCUGCCUGUGCGCAUAACGUUAAUCUACGUCAAUUUCUGUGUGAUUAUCGGAAAAUGAAAGUAGGUAUUUCUGAAAUUAGUUUUAUAUCUACUGUGCAGGAAAUGAUCACCGAUUAUGUUGAUAUCUAUUUCAAGGAUUGCAUAUAUUCUGCAAAUUUUGAACUCGCAAAUUUUUGCGAUUGUCUUUAAAUUCAACUCGCAUCUUUCAAUUUUGCGAGUGUGCGAGUGCUAAAUUCGAACCCUGGUUUAACAUGUGCAUAUCAUGUGAUGUCUGUGCCUUGUGACAACCCUGCCAUUGUUAUAUUGUGGACAAAGCAUGACAGAAGACAUACCUUUGAUAAGCAUGACCAGCCUUGUCAUUUAGAUGUUAAUAUCAUUUUUAUAAGGCCACAAUUAAAAAAAUGCUUUGUAAGACUAGCCGAUCUGUAGGUAGGUAGGUACAUUUCUGUUUUGUUUUUUACUUUAUAACCCCUUUUUGCUGUAUAAAAGAAACAAGAACAAAAAAGAUGACCACUGGAGGGGCUAAAAUACUUUCGGGGCUAAAAAUACUUUUCAGUCUUCUGUAUUUUUGUGAGUAGGUCUGGUAAGGUCCAACAAAGUAUGUUUUAAUUGUGGCCUAAUUAAGCUAUUAAGGAAAAUAUAAUUCAAUGAAUUUUGAGACAGGGUGAUAAUUGAAAUGUAUAAAAGAUUAUAUGUAACAUGCAUACAAAACUAUGUUGUUUUAGAGUUAUUGUAAUUGUUUUUGAAAACCUUGUGUGAGGCGUCCAUUACAGAUCUGAUAUUAAGUGACUCAUUAUCAGUUCCGUUUUAUUGAAGUACUCUGUUGUGCUGUGAUAUGUAAAUAGAUAUUUACAAUGUUUGUAUGUUUGAAUGUGUUUAGAGAUUAGUAGUCGUAAUCCAAUCCUCACACCUCCCAUGCAAAUUAAUAUGGACAUGUCAUACCAUCCAGCCACUUGAUUGGCUCUGUUUACCAGUAAUUCUCUGUCUAAUUUGAGUAUCCUUUUUUUCUUCAAAUUUUUUAUUUAUUUUUCGUUGUUUUGAUUUUAAUGAAAGUUCAAAAAUGCCUCUGUUAAGCAGCACUUUGUUAAGAAUUCUUUCUUUGUCUUUUUUUCAUUGUACAUUAGAUCAAUGUUACAUAAACAUCACUGGUGCUCAAAUACAUUCUAAUGUUACAGUUAGCAUGAUAAUUCUUCCUGCUUACAUGGCUUGAUGUAUUAGGCCUUCCCUAUUGGAUUAAUCAUUUGAAUUAUGAUGAAAGUCUUGAUAGAAUAUUUUCAUACACAUGAAGCAAUGUUUGAAUAAUAGCAGUAUAUCUCAUGUAAAACAACAUAUACAUUUAGCUUAGCUUAUGAUGUAUUGCAAUAUUUGUUUGUUGUUAAGUAUGAUUAACAUUAAUAUCUUUCAUUAUUUUAAGUUCCUAUCAAUACAUGUAUUUGUGUAUUAUACAUAUUAUGCAAUUUGGUGUAAAAAUAUAUAUAUGAUUUUAUUCCAAUAGUCGAGGUGAUUGGGCAAUAAGUUAAACAACAUAAUAAAUCCCUAUCCAUGAAAUUGAGGUGCUGUAUAUUAUGUGGUUACAUAAGGGUGUUUUUUCCAAGCGCACCCAUGCGCUGUAUGUUCUUCCACAACUACUGUGAUACUGUUUUCAUCUGUUCCACAUAUUGACCAACUGAAAUGGUUUAAGAUAAAUUUUAUUUUUUUAACAAAAUUUUAUUUAUUUACCAUUCAAACGUUAUCUAACACUAACCAUUAAGAAUUAACAAAACUAUUUAGUCAAGGGAUAAUCAAUUUCAGAAAUUAUCAAGAUUACCAGCUUUCAAACAAAUGUACAUUUGUGAAGUUUGUUAUGGCCUGAAUUAAAGAUACUUGAAUUGCAUAUAAAUGGGUUGAAUUUUUAUUUCAACAGGGCUCUUAGGUCGCUUAAUCCUGCUCUUGGCCUAAAUCCCUCAUACUCAAACCAAGUGUUUUAAGAUUUUGAUUUUAGCCUCUUAGCCAAGUUCAAUUGAAUUUUCAUUUAUGGACUUCUUCCCUAUGCAUAUUGAAGAAAAAUGUAACCGAAAGUGUGUUAUAGAUUGCUUUGUAAAUUUACAUACCAUAUCAUAUCUGCCUGGUUCUUCAGUAUGUGAAACAAAUAACAUACCCACUUUAGAAAUCCAUUGUAACAAUGUAUGACUUUGCAUUCGUCCUUGCCAUGCAGUGUUGUUGUUGACAAUUUUGAGUGAAUACUGUUUGUGUAAUAUGUAUGUUUAUUUUGGUGAAAUUUCAAAAUGUUAUCCCGAUUUUCAUCAGAAUUUAUUUUAUUUUUGUUUGCUUUCUUUUCCGAAAGUAAAAUGCUCAAUUAUAAAUCUCGCUACGUCAUAAUAGUGUUUGCUCUCAUUGGAUUGGCACACAGUUUCUGACAAAAUAUAUUUUGAAGGUCUCUGGCAUAAACAUCUUCCUAAACUUCUUAAGAACAGAAUCAAUUGAAGCCGAAUGGAAUUUUGUCAUUUUUUGAUAAGAUUUAAGCAAUACAAUAUGACAAUAUGAUCAAAUAAAAUUCCUGAAAAAGUGAAUAACUGAAAUCCAGCUGUUUAUUGUAUGUGGUGGCAGAGAAGGUCUAUUGUAAAUGUUAUAUGGGAAACAAAAUCAAGUUUUGAGGGGAUUCAAUUUUGGAAUACUUUAGGGUUAGGGUUACUAGUUUUAUGACAUUAUCUGAUUUUGAAUCACCUCAAUCAUCUAAAACAUUUCCCAUAUUACCUCCACCAAGAUCUUUCUGCUUCUUAAGGGAAAUCACUGCAUAGGAGAUUGCUUAAACACUAGUAAAUAUACUGUUUUUAUCAUCAUAUGAAUCUCAGACUGAAUUGAGUACAUGGUGGAGAAAUAUUGAUAAAAUUGUGUUUUGUUUGAAACACUUAUCUACGGUAUAUAAAAACAUAAAACUGACAUUAAUUUUUGUACAAAGUAUAUGGCAUUUUUUUAUGAAAAAGUAAUUGCUUUCAUUGAUUUAAAGCAUAUAUCUGUCUACAUUUUGUUUUAGCAAUGCUUAGGUUUCUAUUCAACAUUUUUCGACCAGCCACCAAUUCACUAUUGUAUAUUACCGGUAAAUAAUCAGAAUGGCUGCCGAUGUAAUACAUGUACAGGCUGAAAUAUUGUAGGGCCAUAUUAGCCCUCUUGUUUAUCAUUUGGUCGAUUGUUCAGAACUUUUUUUACCUUGACAAUGUUGUUUUAAGUUAACAAUGUUGUUUCAGGUCAAGAACGUUGUUUUAAAUUAACAACAUUGUUCUAAGUUAACAACGCUGUUUUAAGUUAACAACAUAGUUUGAAGUGAACUAGUUAAACACAAUGACAUAAACUAUGCUAUUGACUUGAUGAAAGUUCUGAGCAAUUGGCCCAAUGUCUGUGACAGUAAAAUUUAACUUUUUGUCAAUUGUUGUUUUUAUGUAUGUAUUCUUUAAGAAUAGCACUUUUGUGCUUUGAUGCUUAACGUUGGCAGGGAAACAAUCACAUCUUAGAAUAUUCUAGAUUCAUUUGUUUUUUUGUGAACAAUUUGAAUUUGAUCUUCUAGUUGCUUAGUCAAACCCUUUAAUGAUAAUAGAUGGCUACAAUCAGAUAGAUUUGCUUAUAUUCUUCACAAAACAUCUUCCAUUCUUUAUUUUUUUGUCACAUAAAAACAUUGAAAAUUAUCCACUUGUUUGCAGUCUGCUUAUAAAUGUACAAUGUAGCACAACUAAAGCCAUGAGGUAUUGUUCAAUGUAGCACAACUAACGCCAUGUGGUAUUGUACAAUGUCGUGCAACUAACGCCAUGUGAUAUUGACCAAUGUCGUGCAACUAAUGCCAUGUGGUAUUGUACAAUGUCGUGCAACUAAUGCCAUGUGGUAUUGUACAAUGUCGUGCAACUAAUGCCAUGUGGUAUUGUACAAUGUCGUGCAACUAAUGCCAUGUGGUAUUGUACAAUGUCGUGCAACUAAUGCCAUGUGAUAUUGUACAAUGUCGUGCAACUAAUGCCAUGUGGUAUUGUACAAUGUCGUGCAACAAAUGCCAUGUGGUAUUGUACAAUGUCGUGCAACUAAUGCCAUGUGGUAUUGUACAAUGUCGUGCAACUAAUGCAAUGUGGUAUUGUACAAUGUCGUGCAACUAAUGCAAUGUGGUAUUGUACAAUGUCGUGCAACUAAUGCCAUGUGAUAUUGACCAAUGUUGGACAAUGUGUGCUCAUGUUUUCUUGAUCUAAUCCUAUAUUUGAAUCCAAAUAUUGCUUUAAUUGCACAUAAAAUGAGCUUUUUCCAUUUAUGGAAAUUGCUUAGUUGUUCAGAUUGUUAUAAAAAAGGUAAGGUUUUUAAAUGGUUAACUUGGUAUAUGGUGAACUAAGUAUUUGUAUUAUUCCCAUUUCCAUGAUAUAAGUUGCAUGAAAUAGAAAUUUCUUUCUUUUUAACAAAUGAUGUAAUUCUCUAUCACUGGUACAUCAUCGACAUAUUGACAAUAGCAGGCCUGUUGUCUAAUUGUUAGUCUUAGAAUGUGAAUUAAUUAUUAACAAUAAAAUAUCAAACCUA